UUUCUUGGACGAGCUUCGAACAUCUAAUCUUUACAGCUACGAUCAGUUGUUUUUAUAUCUAGAAGUUAAUCAAGAUGUCCGCCUUUCCACCCCAUAAAUCCAUCCCCUCAAUCCCCGUCAAUCAAACAAUCGCUCUCAAAUACCUCCAAGAUUAUCUCUCUCUCACAUCCAGCACACCAUAUCUUCUCCCCAACGCUAAACUCGAGCCUACGGGUCCUACAAUCGGCAGUAGUCACUCCAGCGUCACAAUUCACAAUCUCCAACGAGUUGAAGCCGGUCUACGUGGAGAAUGGCUUGCGCCGACGUUAGAACUUGAGGAAGAAAAUGUUGUGGAGAUUGCGUAUGGUAUGGAUGAUGGGACUGUGCAAGGAAGUGGGGAGGGUGACAAAAUGGAUGUAGAUGGGUGGCAGGAUAAGGAGGAAUUCGAGAGAGAGCAGAGUAUUGAGGAGGGAGAUGGAGGCUCAGGGGUUCAAAAGGUGAAAAACAGGGACGUUGAUAGCGAUCUCGAUGAUGAACCAAGGACGAAGGAAGUUCCGGAUUUCACGAAGGCCCCGAAAGAAUUAUCCAGAAAGGAGAAGGAUGCACGAAAGGUGGAGAAAAGGGCGAGACACAAGGCGGAACUGAAAGCGAAGGAAGUGAAGAAACAAUCCAAAGCAUAAUAGCAUGGCGAACUACAAGUCACAAAUUUUUGAUGCGUUUUAGCGAGGUUAACAGGAUUCUUCUAAAUCAGUCUAUACUGUACAUCUACAGUUCUCUACCACUAGCUUUUGCGACAUUCUCAUCGUUUGAAACCUUCUCAUCCUUAGCAGCUGCUGGUGCAACUGGACCACUCGACUUCCAUCCUAGAGCACCUAAUCUCUCCGACAAAAUUGGAUGCGAGAAAUGGUAGCUCGCAUACAUCCAGUCCGCAUCCAUAGUACUCAAAUUCUGGAUCUGCAAUUUGAUCAAUGAACGAGCCAGCUCAGCCUGGUAUCCAAGUCCUUGUGCGAAGUCAUCUGCUUCAAACUCGUACUUUCUACUCAGGAUGUUCAUCAAGAGCUUGAUGACUGUGUCCAUAGGGGCAAGCGCGUCAGAGAAUAAGAUGAAACCGAUAAUGAUUGGAAAUUCGUUGUGGAAACCAAAG